AUGGACUUCAGAAACUUGGCUAUAGGAAUAAUGAUCUCACUUCAGAGUACACUUGGAAUUCUGGGAAAUGCAUCUUUUCUUUUCCACUAUCUACUCAUUUACUACAGUGAACACAAAUUAAAGAUUGUAGACUUAAUUCUUACACAUGUGUUCACAGCAAAUUCCUUAAUCAUUCUCUCUAGAGGAGUGCCACAGAUAAUGAGAGCUUUUGAGUGGAAAUGGUUCUUCAGUGAUGUUGAAUGCAAACUUAUUUUCUAUGUUCACAGACUUGGCAGGAGCAUGUCCAUCACCUCCAUCUGCCUGUUGAGUAUGUUUCAGGCCAUAACCAUCAGUCCCAAUGUCUCCUAUUUUAAAGAUCUUAAAAUCAAAUUACCAAAAUAUGUUCACCUGUCCAUUUCCUUCCUCUGGAUCCUGUACAUGAUAGUAAAUAUGGUUUUCCCCAUGUAUACAUCUAUCAAAAGUAAUAGUGAAAAUAAGACGAAAAUGAGAGAUUUUGAAUUUUGUCCUGCUCUUAGUCGUGACAAAAUAGUAGAUUCAAUGUACAUAGCAUUUUGGGUGUUUCCUGAAGUCUUAUUUUCUAUACUCAUUGUAUGCUCCAGCGUCACCAUGAUUGUCAUACUCUACGGACACAAAAAGAGAGUUCAAUACAUCCUCAGCACUCAUGUCUCCACCAGAUUUUCCCCUGAAUCCAGAGCCACCCAGAACAUUCUUGUCUUGGUUUGCACCUUUCUAGCUUUUUAUACAAUCUCCUCCAUUGUACAAGGCUACAUGGCUGUUUCUCAUAAUUCUCCUUCGUGGCUAAUGAAUAUGACAGCCAUCAUUUCUCUGGUUUCCUACUUUAUGCCCCUUUGUGAUGAGUCAUGA